GCCAGCCGGCCGGGGGGCGCAAUGAGCCAGGUGCUGGGGAAGCCUCAGCCGCAGAACGAGGACGACGGCGACGAGGAGGAGGAGGAAGAGGAGGACGAGGAGGAGGAGGAUGAGCUGGUGGGACUAGCGGACUACGGGGACGGCCCCGACUCCUCGGACGCAGAUCUGGACUGCGGGGCGGAGGAGGGAGUUCUGGACUUCAGUGAUCCUUUCAGCUCUGAGGUGAAGCCGAGAAUCCUGCUCAUGGGUCUGAGGAGAAGUGGCAAGUCAUCUAUUCAGAAAGUUGUCUUUCACAAAAUGUCUCCCAACGAAACACUGUUCUUGGAGAGUACUAACAAGAUAUGCCGGGAAGACGUUUCCAACAGCUCCUUUGUCAAUUUUCAGAUUUGGGACUUCCCAGGACAGAUCGACUUUUUCGACCCUACAUUUGACUAUGAGAUGAUCUUCAGGGGUACAGGAGCACUAAUAUUUGUCAUCGACUCCCAGGAUGACUAUAUGGAAGCCCUGGCCAGGCUCCAUCUCACAGUGACCAGGGCCUACAAGGUGAACACAGACAUCAAUUUUGAAGUGUUUAUUCAUAAAGUGGAUGGUUUGUCAGAUGACCACAAAAUUGAAACCCAAAGAGACAUUCACCAGAGGGCAAAUGAUGAUCUUGCAGAUGCUGGAUUAGAAAAAAUUCACCUCAGCUUUUAUCUGACAAGCAUAUAUGAUCAUUCAAUAUUUGAAGCUUUUAGCAAGGUGGUUCAGAAACUGAUUCCACAACUCCCAACUCUAGAGAAUUUGCUAAACAUCUUUAUCUCAAAUUCUGGAAUUGAAAAGGCAUUUCUAUUUGAUGUGGUCAGUAAAAUUUAUAUUGCAACUGACAGCACUCCAGUGGAUAUGCAAACCUAUGAACUCUGCUGUGAUAUGAUAGAUGUGGUUAUUGACAUCUCUUGUAUUUACGGUCUCAAAGACGAUGGUGCAGGAACCCCCUAUGACAAGGAAUCAACAGCCAUUAUAAAGCUGAAUAAUACAACAGUUCUUUACUUAAAAGAGGUGACAAAGUUCCUGGCUCUUGUUUGCUUUGUCAGAGAGGAAAGCUUUGAAAGAAAAGGGCUUAUUGACUACAAUUUUCAUUGCUUCCGAAAGGCCAUUCAUGAGGUUUUUGAAGUGAGGAUGAAAGUGGUGAAGUCUCGAAAGGUUCAGAAUCGGCUACAGAAAAAAAAAGGAGCUACCCCUAAUGGGACCCCUCGAGUGCUGCUGUAGGUGAGGUUUCAGGAAUGAAAUUGGACCUUUUUGAUGAGGCUCCUGCACCAUGUUGCACUAAAGAAAGGGGGAAGGAGACUGGAAUAUAAGAUGUGGAUUUGUUGUUUUAAAAAAAAUUCCUGCAACCUUGUUGAUCUUUUUUGUUUUUUAAAUAAAGUAAGCACUUUGAAGCAAAAACUUGUAUAUUAACAAUGAAGUAAAAUCCACUGUACUUUCAUUACACAAAUGUAAACUUCUUUGGUCAGUAGUUAGAAAAAUCCCGUGUGAGAACUGCCAGAAAUUGUACAUAUUUUGCACUUUUUCAUGUUUUUUUUUCUCAUUGAACUGAACUUUGAUAAGAUGACUUUUCUAAACUCUUUUCUGUACUUGGUGUCAAGGACGUGCAUACUGUAGCUCAUAUCCUAUGGAAAUCAGACAUUAAUCAAAGUGAUGCAUUGGUAAUGACUUUUUGUAAAUUUGGGAAUCUUUGCUACCAGUUGUUGAGAGAAAUCAUUUUUCAGUGGAGCUGGAACAGAUUAGGUCUGCAAGCUCCAGGAGCAAUAAGAACUGUCCCCUAUUUAUAACAGGUAUAAAUAGUUUUGUAGAAAAAUUUUAGCACCAAACUUACCUAAAAGUUUCUAUUACCAUGGCUGUACUUCCUAAAUCAACAGUUUGUAUGAAGCCCUUUUCCUCAAUACACACUUCUAUAAAUCACUUUAUACAGACAGGUGAUUUCUUUUUACUGCAUUAUUAUUCUUUAGAACCUUUGGGACCAGAUUUCCAAAAUGGUGCCAAUCACUGGGGAGAAAUAAGAAUGUCGCUGAGGCCUGGUAUCUGGAGGCUCCUCUGUACCUGCCACUUGGGGCUAAAGUAACAUCAGAGGCCAGAGGUUUACCAAAUGUAGGGGAUUGGCAACUGUAGCCUAAAAUACAUAGGUACAGUUCUGUAUGUUUGGCCCCCGUGCAGUGGCCUGUUGUGUUACCUUCAAAAUCUUAUUUAGGAUCAGUUUUUUAUUGCUCCAUGGCCACAGUGAAUAGAGUACAUCUUUACCAUGGAACUUAAUCCUGUUGGCUGUCUUUGUCACCUGAAUCGCUUUUUCAUGGCAAUAGUGUGCCUCAAGUCCUUUACCUGUUUUCACAGUAUACUGAGCUCAGCUUGCUACCAAGCAUGCUCCGUAAGGCUGAAGAGCCAUUCUGAAAACCCUUGCAAUAGUGAGAAAGGAUAGCCAGACAAGGAAUUACAGCUUUGCAAUUAUCUCCAAGAAGUUUCUUAAGUUUACCUUAGAAUAGCAGAAAAUCGAGUCCUAACUAUACUCCUGUGCCAAAUCAUUCCAAGUAAAUCUUCAUGCAUCCCAGAGGUUAGUACUCUAUGGCAUGCUUUCAGGGCAUUAGAAACAAAUUUUUUUGGGGCCAGGGAUUUAGCUCAGUGGUUCGGAGGCCUGCCUUGCAAGCACAAGGACCCGAGUUCAAUCCCCGGUACCAAAAGAAAAAAAUUUUUUGAAAAAGCAGAGCCUGUUGGAGACAAGAAAAGUUGAUCCUAACAAAGUAGACAAAGUCCCUAAAACAACUUGUCCUUGAAAUCCUCCCACUUCGUGGCUUCUUUCCAUCCUUUCUCUCUGCCCUAUUCCCAAAUCCUAUUGCUUUAAAGGUGGUAACUAAAAUUGAAGAUAGUAGUUCAUUGGGGUUUAAGGUUUGAGCCUCCCAAAAGUCUGUACCUGUUGAAAGAUUUCUAAAAAAAUCAUUAAAGUACCCUAAUUCCUUUCCUCACAUUUUCCACUCAUAAAUCUGGUUGGUUAGGAUCCCAGGAUUCCGAUGAAGCCUUCUCUCUAACUUUUGGAGCUCUAUCUUAUUCAACUGUUGCCGACAGGCCUGUCUCACAUGGGUUAUUCUUAUAGAUCUAAUUCUUGAAUAUUUUUUAUGGAAUAUUUUUCUUUCUAAGUAAAUAGUCAAGUUUCUAAUACAACUUAAUCCUCAAGAUAGAGACACUUGCCUGUUUGGUAAAUCACACUUUACCUAGUAUAUAUAUAUUAUUAUAACCAAGUGGAGCUUCCAUUUUUAAGCUGGGUAUAUGAUGAGUUUUUGUUAAAAUGUGCCUUAAAAAGCCUAUUACUUCAAGAGCAAGUGAUUCUUUGGGGGAAAGGCAAAAAUAAUCCUAGACUCUGGACCCAAGUUUGUGGUAGUAAGUGCACUCUUUGAUUAAUCACAUGCUAACAUAGAUUACUGCCUCAACUCUUGUGUGACAAUGACCUCUUAAUUAAAUCUAAGCAUUGUUUUCCAAGUCUGUGCUACUGGAAUCUCAACACCUCUUCAAGUCCUUUUGCAUUUUAUCACUGCUAUGCGAGUUAGCUUUUGGCAAUCCAUGGCCACAUUUCAUGCUUAAACACAGCUAUAAAGAGAAAGGCCAAACACAUGGCUACAGUGACUGCACUGGGCAUUUUUGCACAGUUUUAAAGGUUGAGAACUUGACCUGCAGGUUUUUAGAGCAGGGCAAUCCUUUGCCUUUUGAGUCAAUUCGAAUUUCUACAUAGAGGUGAAACUGUGAAUUAUCAUCUUCGGUUAUUUUCAGUAAUGUAAAUUAACAUGAAUGACCAGUAUGGAGUGUUUUUGAAAGAAUAUAAAUAAAAAACUGGUGAAUAUUCACAAAUAGUGUUAUUUUGUAAACACAAUAUUUUGGACCCUUAAAUAAAAUAGCUAAAAAUCACAGCAAUACUGUUAUAUGCCAGUUGUUUGAAACAUACCCCAGAAAAACAGCUGACCUAUUGUGAUUAUUAAAAUACAGUAUGUAUUCAAUUUGUAUAGACUGGAUGUAAUUUGUAAUCAAAUAUACUGUGUGUUUUACUUUAAGCAGUACAUCAUUUAUAUCUGUUAUUAAACUGUUGCUUUCAAGAAUGUUAACUGCCAAUUUAAAAGCAUGCAUCAUAUAUUCAUGGCUUGGUAAGGCUCUCAUUUUAUUUCUGACAUAUUCAUAACUCAUCUUUCUGGGAGCUGAAUGUCUGUUUGGAUAAAAGGAAAUAUGGGCUUUCACAUUUGAGAGUUGUUUACCAUACACUUUUUUUUUUUGGUACUGGGGAUCAAACUCUGGUCCUUGCGCCUGUGAGGCAGGUGGCAGAACCACUGAACUAAAUUCCCAGCCCUACCAUACACUUUUUAUUACUAUUUCAGAGACUCUGCUAGGUCCCUCUUUAUUAGAGGUAGUGGUCUUGUUCUAUUGCCCAGCUGGUCUUGAAAAUCUGGGUUCAAGUAAUUUUCCUGCCUCAGCCUCCAGAUUAGCUAGGACUACAGAUCCAUGCCAUCGUGCCUGGCUAUUUAAUAAAAUCUAUCUUGAUAAACAGUUCUUAUUUUAUAGAAAUAAGGAUAAAUUGUUCUGUUUAGACCGAACUUUGAUCAAACACCAGGCCUCACACAUGCUAGGUAAGCACUGUCCAACUGAGCUAUGCUCUAAGGUCCUUUAAAUUCUCUCUUCUCUCCAGACUUUUUAUGGGGGGACUUGCUGGUUAGGACUGUUAUUUCAGCAAACUUGAGAUAUUGAUUCCUGUUUUUCUGACCCUAAUCCCUUAGUCACCUGGAAAUCUCCUUUAUCAUUCAAUAUUUUGCUUAUUAGUAAAAUUCUAUUCUGUAGGUGACCUUUACAGAUCCCCUGGGAGUUCUCAGAAAAGGCUAGCAUUAGGUGUUAUAUCUUAACUAUGAAACACUGUUUUGAUUGGAAAACCUGAUCUUGAUAAAAUUAUUGCCAAGAGUUUUAUUCAGUGAUGAUGUUAAAUUUAAGAAGAAGAAAACCUCUUUAACAGAAUAUUCAAAGAUAAUAGAUAAGAGCUUUUACAUAACGAUCCUCAUGAAUCCAAGAGGUAAGUACUAUUUCAGUUUUUCAGAUGAGGCAACCAAGGCCAGAGAAUUAAACUGGUGAAAGUCAUGCAACUAGUAAGAUGCAAGGCCAGGAAUCUGACCUGGUAGUCCACUCAACUACAGCUAUAAAAGUAGCUUUACCGAAUGUCUUAAAUGCCUUCCUUUCACAAAUAUGAAGAGGGCCACUUGGAUUUACAGCUGCAUAAGCUUAAAUACUAAGGUAUUUAAAAAAUACCUAUUCUUUUUGCUCUGGCAUAUUUAUAAAGCUAAUAGAAAUAGAAAGCUUCCCUUAGAGAAAAAAAUUCAACAAAGAUUAUGCAUUUUUCUUCUUAAUCCAUAUUAAGUAACUAAUGCCUCGAUGACAGUGUUUAAAUAUCAAGAAGAAAUUUACCUUUUAUAGCCAUUUGGUUUUCUAAUAGACAAUAGUGUGUCAAGCUCUGAGAAGAGAAUAAACCUGAUCUCAGCAACAUUCAACCUUUUUGCUUAAAUUUACAGUGUGUAUCACAGUCACUUAUAGAAAAAUCAAGAAGGUUCAUUUCAAUCCUAAUCCUUUCUUAUGCUCACACCGAUAUUAAAAAUUGCCACUUGCAUACCUUUGCUGGAAUCAUCUGUAAGAAGAGUUUCAAAUCCUGUGUCAAAAAUUGGCUUCCUUCUUGCUGAGAGGAUAUAGGCAUCCUUCCUAAAAUCCCUGCCUGACACUUGGGUCUCAUUCGUUUUUAAAAAAUUAAUUUUACUGGUACAUUUAAGGUACACAAUGUAAUGACAUUCAUCAU